ACAGGCUAGUAGAGUAAGUAGUUUUCAAAACAACUGUGAACGGUGUUGCUCGCAUAUUUCAGCGUUUUAAAAUCGUUUCGCAAUGGAUGCACCCUUACGGGAACAAGUUAUGAUAAAUCAAUUCGUGCUAGCAGCCGGAUGUGCCCGUGAACAAGCUAAACAGAUACUUCAAUCCGCACACUGGCAAUUCGAGACUGCUCUGAGCAUGUUUUUUCAAGAUGCAGCCCUCCCGACCUGUCCACCAGGUGCACAAGCUCACUUUGGACAGGUCAUGACUCCGUGCAACACACCGGCCACACCGCCCAACUUUCCCGACACGCUGCUCGCUUUCUCUAAACUGUCCGCCGGGAACGGGAACACCCCGACCCCGAACAACGGCGGCACCGCCCAGAUCCACCAUUCACCGCAACCAACCCAACAACGAUAAACGUUAGUGCACCCUAUCCUAAAGAACGCUCAGUGUUAAAGAGAACUAUAUGUAAUAAUUAUGAGACUAAACUAUCGCUAGUGAAAUUUGUUAAACAAAUUUGUUGUUUUUUUUUUACAGUGACAAACUAUUUAGUCAAAUGCAUUGUCUCAUUGCAAUAUUAGUGUUUGGAUAGAUUAUUUGUUAUUUAUAAAAGACUAUAUUAAUUUUUUUUGUACCUAUAGUACCUUUGUUAUGGAUGAUUUCGGAAAACUAAAUAUUUUCAGUCACGUAACGAUAUUCGAGGUAGACGGGGAAGUGGUACAGCAAACACCUUUACGUAAGCGUAAUGUAACGAAGUUAUAUUAAAAUUGUAGGGGUUCGUCGUGAUUUCUGGGUAAUUUUGUAUAAGUAUCGCGAUGAGGCGGGGAGAAAUUCCUCGGAGAAUGCCGAGAAACUACAUAUUCUGCUGAAAGUACUUAUAAUUACGUUUCGGUGACGGCUCGGGAAAAUGGAAGAUGUCGUAUCUCGAUAAUGAUGCUUGUGACCCGUACCAUUUUUUAGCUACGAGUCCCCAUUCAUUAUCAAAAUAAUGACCGCUAUAUUUUCCAAAAGCCGUCGCCAAAGAAUAUUGAACAGUGUAAAAUUGGAAAGAGUCGAACUAAAACUGAAUUUUUUUGUUAAAAAGUGUAACUUUUGUUAAUUGUGAUUCUGUGUAAACCAAUAAGAGAAUCCAAAUUA